UCGUUGGUAUUUGAUCAAAUAAUGCUCUAUUGUAAAAAGUUCAACUAUAACGUCAGUUCCACGGUUUCGAUACUAAAUAUGUUUUGGGAUUUUUACAGAUAAAAAGAGAGUCAAUUCAAUAAUUUGUAUUUUCAGACUUCUUACUUGCCGUCAUUGUUGCAUUGUAUAUCUUAACAUAAAGAUGUCUGCUCUUACUCUAACAUUGAUAUUGCUAGCGAGUGAUUUUUUUAGUUGCCAUGGAGCAGCAUUUGCAACCUCAAAUCCACGGGAACACGCUCAUGAGUCAAUUGUCAGCACAUUUGGAGAGACAGUUAUACUGCACUGCAGCGUUAGCAGUGAGAUCUACCAUAGCACGAUUGUGCAAUGGAUAUUUCAAGAUGCCAAUGAGGUCCUAACGCAAGGAAAGUUUUUGCAAACAUUAAAUGCUGACAAACGAAGUCGGUAUUCUGUGAGUAUAGGCAGCAAUUUUGAUUUACGAAUAAACAAUGUUCAGUCUAAAGACAUAGGAACAUAUAUAUGCAGGUCAACAGUUUCCACUGGAAAGUAUGAAACUAUUGCAACAAGAGUGCUAUUUGCAGACUCUCAGAAACACCACGAAGCACCAGUUAUGGAGGAGCAAAAUUUUCCAGAACAUGUAGAAACGUCAGAUAUACCAAAAACCGGUGACAUGAUUACGAGAGACCCUCCUAAAAGUGGUGAAAACAGUCAAGGUUCUACAAGCAGCAGACAUUACGACGCACUAUCUGUCUUCGGUCUGAUUUCAGGAAUCGCUCUUAUGAUUGGUAUUGUAGGGUCUAUCGCAUGGAAGAACGGAAAGAAAAGUGGGAGAAAGCAUGUCGAGAACAAAGCCUCAGCUGAGGAACCUAAAAAAUAUGGCUUAAAUGAUUCAAAGUCCGAAGUACCGUUAAGGAACGGUCGGAUGAUGAGAGGGUUUGACAGUGACCCAAACCUUGUUAAAGCUAGUGGCUUCAAGUAUUAGAACUUGCUUAAUUUUUAAACACUGUUGGAGUAAUGAUGAACGUAAUUGCAUUUAUUUACAGGCUCAAAAAGGUACAAGGAUUUUUAAAAUGAAUAGUUGAUAUGUAGCAUAACUACGGCUCACUCACUUAAAAAUAUCUUUAAUAUGUUACAAACCCGGAUCUAUAUAAAUAUUAUUAUAAUAGUUAUUGUCGUGAUAUAUUAUUAUUAUUAUUAUUAUUAUUAUUAUUAUUAUUAUUAUUAUUAUUAGCCUAUUAAUAAUAAUAAUAAUAAUAUAAUAAUAAUAAUAAUAAUAAUAAUAAUAAUAAUACCUGUACUAUGUUGUUAAAAUUUAGUAUAAAAGCUACUGUAUUUAACAGAAAUUUGCUUUUUAUCCAAUUAGG